UUUCGUAGACGUCAACCACCGCCAUGUGGAUAACACUCGCUUCUCUGUUCGUCAUCAUAGCCCAGCUUUGUGAGUUGGUCCAGUGCGCUGGCGAAGCUGAUUAUACACUCGAUGAUUCAUUUUGGAACGAAGAAAGUCCUGUUGGUGAAGUGGAACGCUUACUCAAAGAGUAUAGACAAAAUCAGGAGCUUGUGCGUCGUAUCGGUGGGCAUUAUUAUCAGAUAAUCUAUCCUGUACAGCUGCGUCAUCAUGAGAAAAUGGGAAUCUCAACUCGCGAAGUCAGUGUCCCAAAGGUACGCAAAGAUUUGCAUAAGAGAAAUACUAGAAAAAUCGAAACAGACAUAAUGCCGGGACAACGACCACGCCCACACGAUGACAGUGGAUUUAGCAGAGGUAGAACAAAGAAGCACUUCCAUCGCACUUCGCUGCUCAUCAAAGCAUUUAAUCACAAAUUUCGAUUGGAUUUGGAAUUAAACUCUCAACUACUUUCGCCCAACAUACAGCAGAAACACUAUCACGUUGGUGGAUAUCUCGUGGACGGCAAUCGACAUGACAUCGAGCAUUGCUACUAUCAUGGCACAGUAAAGGAUUAUCCGGGAGCAAGUGCUGCCUUUCACACCUGCAACGGAGUUAGCGGCGUCAUUCACAUUGGCAACGAGACCUUUGUGAUUCAUCCCUUUUACGGCGGAGAUCUGUCGAAACAUCCGCACGUCAUUUUCGAAGCACGCACCAAGGCCAACAAGGGAUGCGCAAACUCUGGCAAUUUGGACUCUUGGCGACUGUCGCGACGGACCAAACACCUGUCGGCAGGCGUUGUCGAUGAAAUCCAUCCAAAUGGGGCGGGGCGCUACAAGCGAGAUGUGCGCGAGGCCACCAAAUACAUUGAGACGGCCAUCAUAGUGGAUAAGGCCAUGUUCGAGAAGCGCAAUGGGAGCACACGUGCCGAGGUGAUACACGAUGCCAUACAGGUGGCCAAUAUAGCUGAUCUGUAUUUCCGCACGCUGAAUACUCGUGUCUCGGUGGUAUACAUUGAGACGUGGGGCAAAAAUCAGGCGGCCAUCGAUGGCAGCAAGGACAUCAGCAAGGCAAUAUCCAAUUUUAACGAUUACACCUCUAGGAAUCUUUUUCAAAUCGAACGCGAUACCACACAGCUGCUAACUGGAGAGACUUUUGCGGGUGGCGAGGCUGGCAUGGCAGUGCCCGAGACAGUUUGCACACCUCGUGCCGUUGGUAUCAGCGUCGAUGUGAAUGUCUACGAGCCGCAUCUGUUAGCUGGGACCAUGGCCCACAUGAUUGGACACAACAUUGGCAUGGGCCACGACGAUGGUCGUGAGGAAUGCUUCUGUCGGGACUGGCACGGAUGCAUAAUGGCACAGUCAAUAGUCGGUCAGGAAAAUGUGCAGCCAUACAAAUUUUCGGAAUGCAGUAAAAAGGAUUAUAUUGACGCAUUGCGCACGGGUCACGGUCUUUGUUUACUUAACAAGCCCAAUGAGAUCGAGCUGCGGCGCAACUGCGGCAACAAAGUGAUCGAGGAGGACGAGGAGUGUGACUGUGGCACAUUCGAGGAGUGCGCCUUGGACCCAUGCUGUGAUGGCAUCACAUGUAAGCUCAAGUCGGAGGCACAGUGUGCCAGCGGUGCCUGCUGCGACCAAUGCCGGCUGCGACCCAAGGAUUACAUCUGCCGCGACUCGCACAACGAAUGUGAUUUGCCCGAAUAUUGUGAUGGCGAGGUCGGUCAAUGUCCCAUUGACAUCUACAAGAAGAACGGCUCGCCUUGCGGUCUCAGUAAAUUGGGAGUUUCAGGCUACUGCUUCCAGGGCUAUUGUCCAACGCUGACGCUGCAAUGCGAGGCUAUCUGGGGCUACGGCGGCUUUGCGGCCGAUCGCCAGUGCUACGAGCAGUUCAAUUCAAAGGGUUCAAUCAACGGUCACUGCGGUCGCGAUGCCAACGAGCAUUACAUCAAAUGCGAACCAGAGAACGUCCAGUGCGGCACGCUGCAGUGCAAGGAGGGCGAGAGGCAGCCAGUUAACGAUGGCAUCGACCAGCUUUACUCUCGCACCAUAAUCUCCAUCAAAGGGCAGGAGUAUGAAUGCAAGGCGACCAGCGGUCAAGUGGGCUCCAAUAGCUAUCCCGAGCAUGGCCUGGUCAAGGAUGGGACUCCGUGUGGCGAUAAUUUGAUUUGCCUUAACCAAACGUGCGUCAGUCUUUUCCCUCAUGUGGAUUCAACCAAGUGCCCAACGAAUAAGCAGGGUCAAGAGUGCUCAGAGCAUGGUUUCUGCACGAAUGCGAACCGAUGCUUUUGCGAUAUGGGCUGGGGCGGCACAGACUGCAGUACCGUGGUGCUGUUGACCACACCACUGCCAACGGAAGCAUUGCCAACGCCGGAGAAUACAAUCAAAAUGGAGAAGAAAGAAACUCCAUAUGAGAACUACCACGGCUCAAAUACAGUGUUCCUAGUCGGUGUUCUAAUGUCAGUUGUAGGGUUCGUUUUUAUAACAUUCACCUUGAUGGCAUUGUGCUACAGGUCAGUUGUAGUACAUAGAAACUUCUCCCUGUGUCUGAGACGCAAGACAACGACCCUCAAGUACGAUCCGCCCUUCUCAAAGAAACCCAUACCAAAGGGGUACGGCGGAGCAGCAACGGCGCCCAAUCAUCAUUCCGUCGAAGAAGUCUCAUUAGAUGGUUCCAGCAAAUUGGUGUACGCCAAUCAAGCAGGCUUCAGAGAUAAGAACCUACAUGGACGUCGCUAUACGACUGGUGGUGAAGAUGAUCAAUCACAUGCAGAGAAGGGCAUUCUGAAGAAGCAUGGCUACGGACUCGUGCACGGCGAGCAGCUGAAGGACAAGUGGUGCGAUGACAGCCAAUCGGAUGAGGUGAUCACACAGGAUGGCACUCAGGCGUCCACAAUUGGCGGCGCCGCCGUUUCGGAGGUGGAGCGCACGCUCAAGUCGCUCAACGGCUACCAUGAGGACAUACUGGAGGCGCUGCGCAACGCGGCCUCGCACCGCGGCACUGGCACCGGCAACACGCCCGUCGGCAGCGGCAGCCUCAGCGAGGAGAUGCUGCGCAAAACGCUGCAGGAUUGCACCAGCGCCCAGCUGGGCUACUCCGUUGAACCGUACAAGCGAGCGAGUGGCUCCAAGUCUAGUUCGCGCGAGAACAUUUGCGACAGCGCGACGGCGCACGCCAUUCUCAUGGAUGGCAGCGGUUCUGGAUUGGGCGGUCUAUCGCUUGGCGCUGAUUUGAGCGGUGUGCGGGGCGUUAGCGGUGGCGGUGCCAUUGGCGGUGUGCCUGGCGCAGGCGGCGGCGGAAUGUCGAAUGCCAUUGGACAUGGCGGUGCGAUGAUGCAUCAUCAUCGGUCGCAGCAUCAGUUGCACCAGACAAGCGCAAUAUCGUUGCAACAACAGCAACAGCAGCAGCAGCCAACUGAUGACGAUGAUGCCCCAUCGACUGGGCCGCUGCGCAUACGCAAUCUGGAGGAUCUGAUCAGGCAGCUGGAGCAUCAUUCGUCGCGUCACAUGAGUCCCAGUGGCUCCGAGGAUAUACGCAUGUCGGAGACGGAGGCCGAUCGACACUAUAGAUUAGAUAGUUCCGCCGCUUGUAGUGAGUCCUCGCAAGGCUCGAAUCAGCAAGCAGCUCAAUCUCAGAAAACCGCUACAAUCCACCCGUCUUACAGCAGCCGUUGUCGGCCCCGCUCUGACGAGGACUCGCGCUUUGCCUACGGCGGACGUUAUCGUCAGCCGGCGCCAGCCGCACGCCACACAACGCAUCAGUCGCAUUCGCCGCAUGCAUUCGGCCAUCAUACACACCAUUCGCACGCCCAUGGACAUGCCACACAUGGCCCACACUCAUCGCACCACUCGUCCCACACGCACCUGCACCAGGAUGACGAGGGCAUCUAUGAGAGCGCCGAUCACCAUGAGCGCGGCGCGCUCGACACGCGACUAGAUCCGCAGGAGACGCCCGAAAGCGAAAGUGAUGACUUUAUUCAAGCUCAACAACAGUUAGCCCGGUGGGCGAGUGAGGAUGUGGUAUCCGUCGUGGUAUUGGACCAGCCGCAAUCCGGCACAAUGUCGGAUUCCCAACCAUCCAGCGGCGUCGGGCCCAUGUCAGCGGGGGCUACAACGAACAACGUUAUCCACCAUCAGCAUCCGCACCAGCACCACGGCGAUCAUCAAUCCUCCGCAGCGGCAGCAGCGGCGGCGGCGGCGCAACAAGCAGCAGCCAACAGCAACUCUAUAAUGGGUAUGGGAGUCGUCCCAAAUGGUAUAAAUGUAAGUCAGAGGGACUACUACCCCUCGCCACCCUCAACGGAGACGGAAAGCAGUGGAAGUGUUAUCCAACCAGCUACGCGCCGCACGUUGCAGUCACAGUCACGGGAGGCAGACAUAAGCCAACAGCAAUUGCAGCUCCAUCAGCUGCAGUUGCAUCAGCACCAGCAUCCGCAUCAGCAAUAUCAGCAUCAUCAUCAGCAGCAGCAACAGCAGCAGCUCCAGCAGCAAUCAAUCGAUACCAGCAGCAGCAACAACAGUCAAUCCGGUCAAAUAAUCGAGAAUGGUUGUUACCCGGAAUAUAAGCAUUGACAGUUCCAAAAGCUCUAGCUUAAAUCGAAAUUACAUCGAUACUAUCGAUACUUCUGCUACCACACCAUAAAGAGAUGGCAGAGGCAGGCGUAUCGUACGAAUCGUACGAUUCGAUUUAAUCGCAACUAUUCACCAUAUUCAACGUACAUCCAUGGUCUAACGCUACAUACAUACAUAUGUAUUUUGUAAACAUACAUGCUUAUGGUACACGCAUACAUACUUACAUACAUACAUACAUACAUACAUACAUACAUACAUGUAGAUCAAUAGGAGAUUUAUAUGUAAAAUUCCGCUACCAAUUGACAAAAGUUAACGAACACGCUCACUCGUGCACAUAUGUAACAUACAUGCAUACAUAACGGUUCACACUUAUUUGAAAUUAUAUGUGAAUUAGAUUGUAAGCAUUUUUAUACUUCAAGAAAAUGAUAAUGUAAGAGGAGCAUGUGUAUAUACAUACAUAAGUACCUCAGACAUGAUGACGGCGAUUCGAUUUCGGGGAAGAAAACACACACUCGCAACACUUGUAAAUAUACUUACAUACAUAUGAAUACAGAGAGAAAGACAGAAAGCUGACUGUCGAUCAAUUGGUCGAUCUAUAUCGGAGGACGAACCAUUUGCAUUUGUACAUAAUGAAAAGACACGCGGAGUAUUUCGAGUAUUUGCAGUAGAUACAAAUUGUUAGUCUUAGGCCCAUUAUGAUAUUUGUGUAUUAUGCGUCAUCCAGAUGAUAUGAAAUUCGUAUGCCCAAUGUGUUUCCCCCCUGAUCGGGCACACUUUUGAUAAUGACUGAUAGAUUGUGUGUAUAUACAUAUACAUAUAUAUUAAUAUUUUUUUUUGUGGCAACAACAAGCGCUGACAGUUCAGAUUGAAGAAUAAUAACAAAAUAGCGGAUAACGUUUAAGCUUAUUGAGUUUUACUAGUACAUACACCUAUCAAUAAACGAAACCAUAACGAUAUAUAGAUAAUAUUUAGACUAAUGAUUAACCGGGAAAGCCCUGUAACAAUAACAAUUAUAGACAUAUAUGCAACCUACGUACUAAGCAGCAUCACAGCAUCAUAAUAUUCAGAAGAAACAAAAAUAAUGAUCAUGUGCAAUAACUGAUUCGCCCAGUGUUCAGAUGGGGAAAGUUCACUCUCUCCCUCUCCAUCUCCCUCUCCCUCUUUCAUCUGAUUGUAACGCUGCUGGCGUUGAUCUUUAUUGAGCUGUGAGCAUAGUUUCCAUAUUUCUGAACUAGACCCGCGAUCACUGGAUCGUGAUCGAACGUGAGCGCUGAUCUACACUUGGUAUGUACACUAGUUAGUCCAUUGAUGAUAAGUGGCAUAGUUAGCUUAAGAAGAAACAAUUUUGAAUGAUGAGACAGGAUAAGAGAAUAGAAACACAGUUUAAAGCAAAUACUUACACUUUUACAUACAUAUAUGUAUGGCUUUGUUGAUAUGGAUUAACAAAAUGAUUCAUGUGUUUUUGCAAGCCUAUAGAGAUAUUCACCCGUAGGUCCAGUAACAGCAACAGGAAUGGAAUGUGGGAAUGGAACAAUAUUUCAUUAGUUAGUACGUCAAUGAUGGGUGGAUGUUGAAGGAGUUCGACAGUAAGUGCAUGUACUUUGAAGAGUGACACACACAGACACACCCACACACACCCACACACGCGCACACACACGUAUACACACAUAGUGAAUAGAUCCAAUUAGUUAUAGUCAUGAAACCAAUAAUGAUGCAACAUAGAAAAAACCGAGGAAAUAUAUGUACAUAUAUACUACUCGUAUUGAUUAACCAAAAAAUAAGAAGAAACAAUAACAACUAAAUUUAAGAAUAAAAACCAAACCUAUACAAAUUUUGUGUAGAAGAUAUGAAGAAUGUUCAAUGUGAGAGUGAAGUCUUAACCACACCCACUUCAUUCGUUCUUAGUGUCAAUUAGAAUGUAGUUUAAACGGGAUGAAGUCUAAUGCGACACGUCAAGUUACCAAUUCCCAGAGAGAGAGAGAGAGAGAGAGAGAGAGAGAAAAACUUACUUCCCCUUACUUCGCUACCCGAAUAAUAAUACAACUCGUAUCUAAAGAAACACUUCUAUUGCUACUAAUCGACUGCAAUUGAUUGUUAGAUUGUCUCAUUCAUUGAUGGAUUUGUGUUAAUUUCCACUCUGCACUCGGCACGUUUCACACAAAAAAAAUCAAAAACAAAAAAACCAACAUAAAGAUAUUAAGGAAAAGUUAGAAUAAUGAACUCGAAUUCGAGUUGACAUCAAUGCAUUAUCUCUUCAGCUUCUGCAGCAAUUUCAUAGAGUCGGGCGAGAGUGGGCUGGCUUUGCCUGGCUUCCUUUACUGAAUGAUAAUAACUUAUGUAAAUCGAUUCAACGCAAUCGGAUAGCAUUGAUAUAAGCGACUUUAUCAAAGGUGAUAAAGAAAGUGCCUUUGAUGGUCUUCUCAUAACCAUUGUCCACUCUGACUUUUGGCUCGGAUGCAGCACAGAUAAACAGACAGACAGGCAGACAGACAGACACUUAGACAGAUGGACAGGCAUAUGCAUACAUAAAUACCAAUAUAAAUACAUAUAUAGACAAACAUAUGUAUAGACUGAGUCAAUAAAUUGACUUGAUAUUUUCAAUGUUUUUAAACAAUUCCAAAUGCCUCUGCCGCGAAGAAAGUUCGACAUGUUGUGUCAGUAUCAUGUAGAAGACGAAGAAGAUGAAGAAGAAGAAGAGAGUUACCUACACCACAACGAAAAAGUGAAGCAAAACAAAUAGAAUAGCGAUAACGAUAACGAUAAAUGAAAAUUGACGAAUCACUUGGCUUCGAUUUCGUUGGCGAUUGCAUUUGCCAGACAAGCCUAGAUAGAUCAAUAAUCCUCAUGAAUAUACGAUUCAUAAUUCAUCUAUAUACAUAUAUAUAUAUAUAUAUAUAUAUAUAUAUAUAUAUAUAUAUUUAUAUAUAUACAUAUUUGUGUACACGUAUGUGUUCAUGCAUGUGCAUAAGUAUGUGUGUGUGUGUGUGUGUGUGCGUGUGGGUGUGUGUGUAUGUGUGCGUGUGUGUGCUAGUUUGUGUCCGAUGCGUCAUUUAGAUAAAUACAAGUAUUUGGGAGAGUAACACUCGAAAGCGUAUUCACGACUCAAUUGCAUGUAUGUAGGUAACACACACACCCAAACACACACAUUCAGAUGCGAUGCAUACCCUCAGUGAUGGUAUAUAGUAUGUAUGUAUGCAUGCCAGACAAAUGGACUCGAAUGAAAGAUCCAUUUAUUAGAUUCGUAUUUCGUAUUGAACUAGUCUUAGGCAAUAUUGGAUAAGCAGAAGAAAACCGAUUGAUCCACACAUAUGUACAUAGCUGUGUAUAUGUAUGUAUGUAUGUAUGUAAGUAUGUAUGUAUGUGCGUAUGUGUGUUACACGUACACAACACAACACGACACGAUACUCACGCCCCCAGCAUAUACUAACAAUACUCAGUACUUCUAUGUGUACUAUAAGUAAGAAUGUAGUGCUCUCUAAACUUAAGUCUCUAAAUGAAUAAGUGAAUUUCGAAAUGAUAUUGAUUGGUUUUUAUUAUUGUGAACAAAGUGCAGUGCAAUGAUGACGUCUGCUGAUUAUGAUAUUAUCUAAGCUAGAUCGAUUAAAGCUAUUGUUAUUUAUAUAUGAAUAUACACAAAUACUCACACACACACAUGAGAAUAACAUGCAUUGACAUUGGAAUUGUCUGCAUGCAAUCGCAAGACAAAUGAAAAUGGAAAAAUAGGUUAAAUAUUUGGAAUAAAUUAAAAAAAGAAAAAAAACGCAAAAAAAAUCUAGUUAAUUAAGUCAACGGUACACAGGAGAUUUCUAAAAUAUGAAAACAAAACAAAAAUGAAUAUAAAAAACAGAAAAAGUAAAAUUAAGACAAGAAGAAGAAGAACCUUUCAAUGUUAUCUAGAGAUCAAAACAUAAACAAGCAAAAAUAAUAAUAAUACAGUAUUUUGGACAACAAUCUAGCAUGAAUUUAUGAAUGCUCUACUCACAUGCAUACACAACACACACACCCCAAACACAUACACACACAAACACCCACACUUGCUUAGAAGAAGCCUCGUCACUCGUCACACUCUUUGCACCAGAACCAAAAUGAAUCAAACGCAUUUACAAUACAAUGCUCGAUGAUCGUAUACUUAAUCGUAAUCACACACCCAGACACACUCUCACCCACACACAUACAUACUCUUAGUCUAAAAUGAAUACAGUAAUUAACAUUCAAAAUCUAUCACAUAUCGUAUAUCAACAGGAAGAGCAACAAAUACAAAAAUAGUUCUGAUGCUCCUCCUAAGUGUCCCCAGCAAUCUUCUGAUCCACCAUCGCCUGUUCAGAUAAUACACACAUACGUAUGCAUAUGAAAACCAUUGAACUCGCAACAGAACGAUCCAAUAAUUACAUUAGAUAAUCACCAGCAAACGAUCGACGCUCGUCUGUCGUUUAGAAUAUUUGUAAUAGCUGUAAAAGGAACAAUCACAAUCCGAAAUAAAUACACAGGAGACACACUAGCAAGAUCGAUCGAAUUCAACUCAAAUUCCAAUAUUAAAGCAAAGUUAGUAAACAUAAAAACAGUACAAAAUCUAUACGCGAGAUGCGACCCGGUGCGUAUACUUGAUGCGAUGUGCGCUCCGCUCGUAUAUUUAAUAUUGUUCAUGGAACAUUUGCUAUUCAGAUAGAAAGCGAAAGUAAAACGCUCGCAGGCUCCAUCAAAAGUUUGGUAUGCAUAUACCACACACACCCACACACAUACUUACACUCACAUGCAAACACACUCACACACAUUAAGAACCACACCGUAUGUUUGUCAAGAAAAAAAAUUAGAGAAGCAAAAAUAUUGGAGUGAAAGAAAAACCAAAUGUUCAUUAUAAUAAACUUUUUUGAAACAAUUUCUAAAGAACUGUUAACUGUUAAUACAAUUAAAUAAUAACUAAACAUAAUAUAAACAUUAAUGCGAAACCAAAGCAAAAAGUAAAAACCCAAGAAGCGACUAACAACUGAGAAUUGUAUGGGCUUCAUAACAAUGACAUUAAUUGAUGAAUGAAACGGUAAAUGUACAUAGAUACAUACACUCAUACAUACAUACAUACAUACAUACAUACAUACGUACGUAUGUAUAAGUAUGUAUGUACGUGUAUGAAUGCGAGUGUAGGCUGAGGAGAUUUAAAUAAUAAUAACUUAGCUCUAAGAUGCCAAUUGGAUAAUAUGGUCUAAAAUAAUUUAAGUAAAACGUAUAAAAAUAAAAUAAAAUUACCGAUAAAAAUAAAGUGAAACAAAAUACAACAAACAGAGCCAAAUACGAGCAAGACAAGAAGAUAGAAAACUCAACAGCCACAAAAUUCCAAACUUAAAUUGACUACGGAAUACAAACUACAAACUAAGAAAGAAGAAAAAAAAACAAA